UCUUUUUUCUUCAGAAAAAAACCUUACAUUUACACCUUCAAGGUUUUUACUUGUUUAUUUAUAAUAAAAAUAAUUAAAUAAUAACAAAGGUGGGUGAUUUGAGAUGGGUGUGCCGUCGUUUUACAGAUGGCUGGCAGAGAAGUAUCCAAUGGUGGUUGUGGACGUUGUUGAAGAAGAAUGUGUUGAAAUUGAUGGUGUAAAAAUACCUAUAGAUACAAGUCAAAAAAACCCAAAUAAUAUUGAAUAUGAUAAUCUUUAUCUUGAUAUGAAUGGUAUUAUUCAUCCUUGUUUCCAUCCUGAAGACCAGGCUUCUCCAACCUCUUUUAAUGAGGUGUUUCUACGCAUGUUUGACUUUAUUGACCGGCUUUUUGUGAUGGUGCGACCACGUAAACUGCUCUACAUGGCUAUUGACGGUGUUGCUCCAAGAGCAAAAAUGAAUCAGCAACGGUCUAGGCGUUUUAGAGCAGCAAAGGAUGCAGCAGAUGCAGCAGUGGAAGAAGAGAGGUUGAGGGAAGAGUUUGAGAGGGAAGGCAGAAAGCUUCCUCCAAAGCAAGAAUCACAAACUUUUGAUUCCAAUGUCAUCACCCCAGGAACUGAAUUCAUGGCAGUCUUGUCACUUGCUCUCCAAUAUUAUAUCCACAAAAGAUUAAACAAUGAUCCUGGAUGGAAGUCUAUAAAGGUUAUCCUUUCUGAUGCAAAUGUUCCUGGCGAAGGAGAGCAUAAAAUCAUGUCAUAUAUUCGUCAUCAAAGAAAUCAACCUAGUUUUGAUCCAAAUACUCGGCAUUGCUUAUACGGUUUGGAUGCGGACUUGAUAAUGUUGGCUUUGGCUACCCAUGAAGUUCAUUUUUCAAUACUUAGAGAGGUUGUAUAUACUCCAGGACAACAGGAUAAGUGUUUUCUUUGUGGUAAAAUGGGUCAUAUGGCAGUUAAUUGUGAGGGGAAGGCAAAGAGGAAAGCCGGAGAGUGUGACGAGAAAGCCGAUGGCGAUGCAGUUCCUAAGAAGCCGUAUCAGUUCCUCAAUAUUUGGACUCUCAGAGAAUACCUGGAAUAUGAGAUGCAGAUUUCUAAUUAUGAGAUUGAUCUUGAGCGAAUAGUUGAUGAUUUUGUUUUUCUCUGUUUUUUCGUUGGAAAUGACUUUCUACCACAUAUGCCUACUUUGGAAAUCCGUGAGGGUGCCAUUAAUCUAUUGUUUGCAGUAUACAAGCAGGAGUUUAAGGCUAUGGGUGGGUAUUUAACUAAUGCGAGCAAGCCAGAUCUUAGAAAAGUAGAGCAUUUCAUCCAAGCAGUUGGAUCAUAUGAAGACAUUAUUUUCCAGAAAAGAGCUCGAUUAAAUCUGAAACAAGCGCAGAGGAUGAAGAUUGACAGGGGUUGUGCAAGAAGAGAUGAUGCUCAAUCAGUGUCUGAACCCGAGUCUUUGGUUCCAGUUAAUCAGGUUAAGCAUGCCACCAAGGAGCUGCCUGCCCUUGACAUCCAGAGAAAACGGCCUAUGCAGUUUGACGAUCAUCAAAGCGAUCUUCGAGCAAAAAAAGUUGCACGUUUGACUUCCGGGGCUACGGUUGGGGCUGCUUUGGUGGAGGCAGAAGCUAGUCUUGAAAGAGAAGCACUUGAGAACAAAGAGGAAUUAAAAGAAAUGUUAAAGGGAGUACUACGUAACAAGUCUGAUGUUUUUAACGCUGCAGAGCAGGAAGAAGACAAGAUUCAACUUGGUGCCCCUGGGUGGAAGGAAAGGUAUUAUGAAGAGAAAUUUUCAGCCAGAACUCCCGAGGAGCUUGAGGCAAUACGGAAAGAUGUUGUUCUAAAGUAUGUGGAAGGCCUUUGUUGGGUGAUGCACUAUUAUUAUCAAGGUGUUUGUUCCUGGCAGUGGUUUUACCCUUACCAUUAUGCUCCAUUUGCUUCUGAUCUCAAGGAUCUUGCGCAAUUAAAUAUACGUUUUGAGCUUGGGGCACCAUUCAAACCAUUUAAUCAGCUACUAGGGGUUUUCCCUGCUGCAAGUGCUCAUGCACUUCCAGAACAAUAUAGAAAAUUGAUGACGGAUCCAAAUUCGCCUAUCAUUGAUUUUUAUCCUACAGAUUUUGAUAUAGACAUGAAUGGGAAGCGGUAUGCAUGGCAGGGUAUAGCAAUGUUGCCUUUCAUUGAUGAAGCCCGUCUUCUUGCAGAAGUGGAAAAAGUCGAACCCACUUUAACGGAAGAAGAAGCACGGAGAAACAGCAGGAUGUGUGAUAUGUUUUUCGUGUCUGCAUCACAUAAGUUAUCUCCAUACAUAUAUGCUCUCAAUGAUCGCAGGAUGAAGCUGUCAAUAAAAAAGCAAUCUAAACUCAAGGAACGAAUUGAUGCUGUAGCAAGUGAUGGAAUGAAUGGCUAUAUAUUUCUUCCUGCUGGAGAGCCUUGUCCUACAAUUUACAGAUCACCAAUCGAGGGGAUGGAAGAUAUAAUGGACAAUCAAGUCAUCUGUGCAAUAUACAAGCUUCCGGAUCCUCGUAAGCAUAUAGCUCGCCCCCCUGCCGAGGUUAAAAUGCCAAAGAAGACUGUAACGUUGGGGGAUUUGAAACCCGUACCUACUUUAUGGCAUGAGGGCAAUGGGCGGAAACCUUGGAAUUUGUCAUUCCACGGUAAUGUGCACAAUGAGCAUAAAAACCCCCCUGGAUCUAUUUCUGGGCAACGGUUGACUGAGGUGGCUCAUAGACUCGUGGUCAAUAGUUUACAAGUCAAAAUAGAGAGGAAGGUGCAUGGUCUUCAAGCAAGUGGUGCGAGUCCUUUAGUUGUUUCCCAAGGUUCCCAAUAUGGUGCUGUAAAGAAUGACACUACCUCAAAUUUCCGUGGCCGGCUGCAAAGUAAUGACUCUGGUGGGGAUGGUCCUAACUGGACACGUGUGCAUGACCCUCAUCAGUCUUAUGGAUAUUAUAAUGCUAAUUUCCGUGGCCGGCUAUGUAAGAAAUAUGGUCCGUAUGGUGCUAAAUGGAUACGUGUGCCUUAUGGACAUGAUGGCCUUGUAUGCUUGCCAUGUGAGACCCCAAUGCCCACCAGAGUACUGGCUAACGGUCUGGGUUGUGGUUCCAACAGUGGGGGAGGCAAUCCAUCUGGUGGGUCAAAUGGUAACCAGCAUCAGGGUGGGGUAAGGGUACCCAGGGCGAGUAAAAGUGGUGGCACAGAGGAGGGUCCAAGUAAUGGCACAUGUGGUCAAAGUGAAGCCAAAGUGUGUCGACGUGACCGCAGAGGAGGUACUCAUCCAAAAGUUGGUGGAGGCGACAUAGUUAAGAUGUUGAACAAAAGUGGAACAAGUACACAUCCGGAAAAUGGUGGAGGUGACAUAGUUAAGAUGUUGAAUAAAGGUGGAACAAGUACACGUCCAGAAAAUGGCGUAGGUGAAGUUCAGGUGUUGAACAAGGAUGGAACAAGUACGCUUCCAAUAAAUGGGGAAGGUGACAAAGUCGUUCAAAAUUUUUUUUUGAAAAGGGGUAGAAAAAAGAGACAUCAUAAAAAUGGUGGUCACAUAAAUGGCGUAGGUGAAGUUCAGGUGUUGAACAAGGAUGGAACAGGUACGCUUCCAAUAAAUGGGGAAGGUGACAAAGCCGUUCACAAAAAAAAAUUGAAAAAUGGUAUAAAAAAGAGACGUUGGAAAAAUGGUGGUCCCUUAACUACAGUGUUGAACAAGGAUUGUACAAGUACACAUCUGAAAAAUGAUGGAGAUGAUAAGGUAUCGAGCAAAGAUUGAACAAAGCCUUUGCCACCACCUUCUCUGAAGAGCUGGAGGCAGUACUCGGCACCCCCCUUGCUUCAUCUCCAAUGAGUGCAAUCCAGAAACAAGAGGUCGUGACCCACGUGAAACAUAAUGCAAUACAUGUCCUUAUAGGUCUCUUGGUGCCCUUAAUUUUGUUAAUUAUGUUGCGUCGAGUUCUAGUAGCAUUGGCUUGUUAUUUAGGACCUCUAAUGACCAAAAACAUGUAUUUUUACUGGUAAAACAUACUUGUUGAGUUCUUAAAAGUUCAGGAAAGUUUUACGGUAGUUGGGCCAUCUAGGUUUGAAAACUAGACUAGUGGUCUGAUUCGUUGAGGUCUUUUGUUUUUAAUCUUUUUUCUCCAGCUAGUGUUACAUUAUUUAUCUUCUUCCUAUAUAACGUUUGAUUAUUUACUGUCCUUGCACAGUCGAUAUGUCCCCUUUUAAACUCGUUGUAUUAACUGUACGUAUUUAAAGAACUAUACAAAGUUCGUACUCCUAUCCAAAAA